CGGCAAAAUGUGAUAAGGAGAAGGAAAGCAAAAUGUGGUCGUCAAGCUUCGUAGCUUCUCCCCAAUUCUCUUCUCCUCCAAAACUUUCUCUAUUAUCAUCUUCUUCUUCUUCUUCUUCUCAUCAAAAGAUCCAAACUUUACUCUGCUUCACCCAAAAUCCUUCGUCCACCAGUAGCAUCAAUCUCAGCAAGAGACACUUGAAUCUCUCGAUUCUCACGCUCUUGUUCAAUGGUGGGUUCUUGCUGGAUAAAGCCAAAUCCAUGGCAGAAUUGGAAAAUCUUCAAAGAUACACUGAUUCCAAAGAUGGCUUCACUCUUCUCGUACCCUCUUCUUGGAUUAAGGUAGAGAAAGCAGGAGCCAAUGUUCUUUUUGAAGAGCCAGAGAAACGAAGCAACAAUAUAGGAGUUGUGGUGAGUCCUGUCCGUAUAAAGAGUCUUGAAGACUUUGGUACUCCUCAAUUUGUAGCAGACAAACUCAUCAACGCAGAAAAGCGUAAGGAAAGCACAAACGAAGCAGAAGUUGUAUCAGUAGGAGAGAGAUCAGGACAAGGGCAAGUGUAUGAGUUUGAAUACAAAAUCGAUAGCACGAGAGGAGGAAUCAAGAGGGUUUUCUCGGCUGCGUUUGUGAGCUCUAAGAAGCUUUAUCUAUUGAACGUUGUUCAUUCAGAUAAUCCAGAGAAUCCAUUGGAUUCGAGUACGAGAAUGUUGUUGGAACAAGUUCUUCACUCCUUUGAUGCUCUGCCUCUCACAUGACCACAUCAACCACCAUCUUUCUGUUUUCUUGUACUUGUUGUAAUCAUCGGCCCAUUAUUGAAUUAUUGGGUUCUUUUAGCAA